AUGUCGAAUCGUAAACUUGUAUUUGUGACUGGUAAUAAGAAUAAAUUAAGAGAAGUCCAAAAAAUCUUAAGUGAUGAAAAUCUAACUAGUUCUAAAAUCGAAGUCACUUCCAUGGAUUUAGAUGUUCCUGAAGUGCAAGGUUCAACCCAAGAUGUAGCAAGAGAAAAAGUCAAAGCAGCAGCUUUAGCCGUCAAUGGACCAUGUAUGACCGAGGAUACAGCACUUUGUUUUAAAGCAAUGGGAGGUUUACCAGAGUUACGAAAUUUUGAUGGAUCUCUUUUAGGGCCUUACAUCAAAUGGUUCCUCAAAUCAUUGGGAUUGGAAGGGUUAAACAAAAUGCUCUCAGGAUUCGAAAAUAAAGAAGCCACAGCAAUUUGUACAUUUGCAUAUUGUGAAGGACCAGGAAAAGAAGUGAUCUUAUUUGAAGGUAUAACAGAAGGUCAAAUUGUUUUACCUAGAGGUCCGACUGAUUUCGGAUGGGAUCCGAUCUUUGAAGUCAAAGGCACAGGUCUAACUUAUGCAGAGAUGGGGGGAGAUCAGAAGAAUACUCUGUCUCAUCGCUCUAAAGCUUUACAAAAGCUCUCUCAACAUUUCGCAUGA